GCGAGACAUUUCAAGCGAACUUUGCUGUGGAACUACUCAAUCAUUCCAACACCAGCCUCACAGCCUGUCCCACCAACUCAGGCACCAAAUACAGAUGCUGUGGAAGAUUUUCUUCCACAAGUUGACAUAUGCAGUGCAGGCCACUGCAACUGUGGGAAAAUGCCAAAUGUACCUUGCUGUCUGGUCUCUUUUUCAACAUACUGUGACCCAUUGGAAGGUGAAGCUGAUGGAGUAGAGGGGGAUCACGAGGUUGGAUCAGAAAGUGAUGAAGAGGAGACAAGUGAGCAGGACAGUGAACAUGAGGAUGAUGAAGAUGAGAUUAUGACGUAUGUAGAAAAAUUAAAAGUGGUUGGGUCAUCUUUUGAAAGACGCUAUCAACAAGCAUUGUCUAUUUGUGUAUUUCUGAGCACACAGAAAAAAGAGCCCCAACUGGACGUAGUCCAUGAACCGGACAAUAUUAAAGACAAGAAUGCCCUUUGCUUCCAACUGAAGCAUUUAGAAAAAAAAUAUGUUAUGCGUUAUUGCCCCUUGGUUAAAGUUCCCAAGUUAGUAAGAGCCCUUAAAAAGGGAGAAUUAUUAAGCGUAACUCUUGUGGAUGCCACAGGAAAAAGACUGUAA